AUGCGCAGUUGACGAGUAAAAGUGAAAGUGUUGGGUUUUCUAGGGGAAGUUUAUUGCUGUCUGCGCUUCAUUUGGUGCCAUCAGAAGCUACAGAAAGGAGCUGGUUUUAAGAGCUAAGCGCAGCCAUGGGGGAAAUUUCCACAAUCUAUAAACUCUCUGUGAUCGCGUUUGCGCUAUUCGGCGGUGCGUUUAGUUCGAGAUGCUCAGUGUUGGAGUGCUGGUUUGUUCAGGAGAGGCCGGGUGGUGGAGGUUUCUCGACGAGAAUGACCCAGGAGAAAUCCGCGCUGUACAUCAGAACCGACCCUGACAGCGAGAUAAUUGAACACAAACCUUCAUCAGACAUCAGUCCCUCCAGAAUUUACUACGUGUCAGAUCCUGCGUCCACUUUCUGCAGCUCUGCCCUCCAUCCACCAGAGGGCACUGUGGAAAAACCGCAGUGUGAGAUAAACCCUUUCAUCCCUCAAGCCUCCAUGGUCAAAUGGGCCGCCCCUCUGACCGCCUCCGCACAAAGCCCCAUCUACCUGAAUGCCGACUGGUAUUCUGUAUCAGCACAAGGUCUUCACGGAGAACUGACGCUGGCCAACGUGAUGCGGGCGCCGUCUGGGUCUAAAGAGCCGAGCGUAAUCCUCAGUGUCUCCAGUAAAACUUCCAUCGUCCGCUCCAGACUGGGAGAAUCGGUUCUCCUGGACUGUGGGUACUGGGUCGACCCGUCUUCACCCCUGCACAGUUCUGGCUUCGCUGUGGAGUGGCGCUAUCAGUUCCGCGGUGAAGGCAGGCUGGUCGUAGCCUACAACGGACUGAACGACCGCUUCGCCGAGACGUCAGGGACCGACGCUGAGCUGGACCUCACGGGUCUUUACGAGACAGGAAACGCAUCACUGAUUCUGAAAGAGGCCCAAGUCAGCCAUGUUGGAACGUUCAUCUGCACCAUUUACCUGCCUCACCUCCUGGCUCAGGUGGCCUUAGAGCUGGAGGUUGUAGAGCCUCCAUCGCUGGCGGUCUACCCCUCCCCUCUGCCUCUGUCAGUCCCUGGGCAGGUGGUGACAGUCCACUGUGAGGCGACUGGUUUCUAUCCCCUGUCUCUGGACCUGGAAUGGGAAUUCACUGACGCUGAUGGGAAGAAGCACUCGCUCGGUCAGGGCAGCGUAACGGGCCACAGACAGGCCAGCGACAGGACCUACAGCCAGAGCUCUCGCUUAGAGCUCGACUCGUUUAAACUGGGACUCGGGCGGGGCGGAGAGAUCAGCUGCGUAGCCAAACACCAGGGAGGAACUCGACGGGCCACUGUGACUCUCAACGUCAUCGGUGUGAGCGCGCCGUCUGUUGAAGACUCCAUGGCCAUGGUCGCUGUGGCUCUUGUACUUUACGGUGUAAUAAAGGUCAUUUUCUGGACUUUCAGCUCUAACGGCUCGAACAAUGAAGAAGCCAAUAAUAAGAAGGAAAAAUAAUCCUGGAGCUCAACGUGUCCUGGAUUUGCUGGACGCUCUGUCCAGUCUGCCGAUGCUGAGAAAUACGACCCCUGUAAAUAAUCCUCUGGAGAAAGAGGAUGUACUGUAGACUUUCUGAUUCAUGCUCCAUUUUUAUUUUUAUUUUUAAAGAAAACCCUUUUCAUUUGCCUUUAGGUUUAAUUUGCACGUUUUUUUGUUGUUGUUGUUUUUUUUUGGGGGGGGGGUGUUUACACAUUUAGAAGGAAAUAGACCGCGUGUUGUUUGUGUGAGGUGUGUUAGGAUUCACUGCUGUAUAUUUGUAAUUAAAAAAGAAAAAGUAUGUCUAUAAAAUGAACUGGUUUACUGAAAACUAUUUUAUUAAACCGCUCUACUUUAAUGUUAACAGCAUGGUACAGCAUUUUUGUAGCGUUA